UUGCGCUUAGCCUGAUGCAUUGUGGGAUUGCAACAUUAGGACGGAAAGUGUAGGGUAGGCUAUCAUGCAAAGAGAAUGAUCACUGUUUAAACCUAAACAAAUAAUUUAGCUAUCAUAUAUCGUAUCGAUUUCUAUUGCUCUUGAAGAUAAUUUUCAAUGUAAUGUGACUGCUACACUCUUCUUUAUCUUAUCAACGCUCCAAAAGAGGUAAAACAAGGCGGCCAGGAAGUGACCAGCCUUUCUCACACGCGGAUUCUCGAGUCGGUGGCAAAGACAGAGAAACAUGGCUUUUACAGACUCCACAGGCUCAAGUCACAAGUUUUUAAAGGAUGCAUCGCUACUGUAUCAAGACAUUUGUCCGGAGCAGUCACGUUUUCUCAUGGGGAGACACCAGACAAUGAAAGCUCCAGCCAAGUUCCAGCCCGUCCCUGAAGAAGAGCUCUGUCCCUUCUGUUUCCAGUGGCGUCGCCCAGACAACCACCACAUGCGGCUGCGUCCCAAGCGGCGUGCAUCGGUGCGGGUGCAGAGCGCGCUGCGGAGGGAGGCCAAGGGCAAGAGGCUCAGCCUGGCUCAGAUGGACAUCUUACGGAGGUUCAGGGGCUCCUCAUCAGCUCUGGUGGCUACAUGCCACACCUGUAACAACAUGUCCAAGCAUAACGGCGUCAACAGGAACUUCAUGGCCACUCUCUCCAAGAGCCACUGCACCCCCUGGAGCGCAGGCAAACACAAGAAUCCCCAGUCCACCAACAGAAGCCACGCCACCCCAAAGUCUGCCUCCAAAGACAAGACGCCCUGCAGUACGCCAAGGUCCACCGGUUCCUCCUCGGCCUCAAAGCCCGCAAGUGUGAAGAAGUCGGCCUUCUCCCGCCUCAAGAGGUUCCUCAUGCUGGAGGACAUCCAGAAGACCAAGACCAAGGGAGGACUCAAAGACUUCCUCUCCUCCCUCUGAAUGACUGACAAACACUGGGCUCUGUUGCAUGGGCCCAAGAGUCAGCCAUGACACCACCAUGAUAUGAAACUGAACCAGUCUCUCUGGCCUGCUUAGUAUUCAGAAUGGUCCUGCUGGAAUUCAGAAUGGUCCUGCUUAGUAUUCAGAAUGGUCCUGCUUAGUAUUCAGAAUGGUCCUGCUUAGUAUUCAGAAUGGUCCUGCUUAGUAUUCAGAAUGGUCCUGCUUAGUAUUCAGAAUGGUCCUGCUUAGUAUUCAGAAUGGUCCUGCUUAGUAUUCAGAACAACAAGGCUAUAGGGGGGAGGAGUCAGCUGUCAGUCAAUAAGCGCUACAGCGCCACCUGUUGAGAGAAUUAAAGGGGCAUGUUUUUUUCUUCUUCACAUGCCACCCCCCAACUGCCCCUGAGGUCCCCCUUCYGUAGAGCUGUCCAAACUGGGAAUGGUCCCACACCACCACAUCACUCAGGAAUUCCACUGUCCCAAUUGGAUGGUGGGAGUGGCAUCGGAAGCAAAGCUCACCCCUCUCUUCCAUGGCAUUUAUGAUGAGGCAGGCAAAAUAAAUUGUUUGGAGUUACAGCAUGUUUUGAUUUGAGGGGGUGAUUUUUAUUUGUUACAAUCACAUUUAUGAUAAAUAUGACUUUGUUAA